CAGAGAAACAGGCAGAGAGAGAGGAGGAAGCAGGCUCCCUGCUGAGCAGAGAGCCCGAUGCCGGUCCUGCUGACUUGAUCCCAGGACCCCGGGAUCAUGACCUGAGCCAAAGGCAGAGGCUUUAACUCGCUGAGCCACCCAGGCGCCCCUGCACUGAGGAUUCUUGAAUGUGGGCAAGAAGCUGGGCUGGGCUUUCGGGAGGUGGGGGCGGGGUGUUGGAUUAGCAGGGUGGCUGAUUGAACCAUCUCAGGCAAGAUGAGGGGGUGGUUAAAAGCAUGGCCUUGAGUCAGAUAGUUUGGGUUCAUAUCCCAGCUUCAUUACUUGCGUGACCCUGGGCAAGUUGCUUGACCUUACUAAGCCUCAGUCUUCUUACCUGUAACAUGGGAACAAUAACACUGGCCUCUUGGGGUUGUUACAAGGAUCAAUGAGGUGUACUUGGCACAGAGUAAUUGCUCACCACCUGGAAGCAAUUGUAAUUAGCCUUCUGUAAUUAGUCUCUGGGCUCUGGCGGUGCACCUGCAUCUCAUUCUUCAGCACAUUGGUUUCCAGAACACAGCCCAUCCUGGCUGAGCUUGUUUUAUUAAGGAUGACAUUAGAGGUGCGGAAAGUUUGCCACUGGUGGCAGUGACAUGGCUGUGCCCCAGGCUUCUCCACCGGGGCCCCUGCAUGAGCCUGCCAUGGAUCUCCAGCCUUGCCCUCGAAGCUUGGCUGAGAGCUUCCUGGAGGAGGAGCUGCGGCUCAAUGCUGAGCUGAGCCAGCUGCAGUUCUCGGAGCCUGUGGGCAUCAUCUACAAUCCUGUGGAGUACGCGUGGGAACCACACCGCAGCUAUGUGACCCGCUACUGCCAGGGCCCCAAGGAAGUGCUGUUCCUGGGCAUGAACCCUGGACCCUUUGGCAUGGCCCAGACUGGGGUGCCCUUUGGGGAAGUGAGUAUAGUCCGGGACUGGUUGGGCAUUGGGGGACCUGUGUUGACCCCACCCCAAGAGCACCCGAAGCGACCAGUGCUGGGACUGGAGUGCCCUCAGUCAGAGGUGAGCGGUGCCCGGUUCUGGGGCUUUUUCCGGAACCUCUGUGGACAGCCCGAGGUCUUCUUCCGUCGCUGUUUCGUCCACAAUCUGUGUCCUUUGCUCUUCUUGACUCCCAGUGGGCGCAACCUCACGCCUGCUGAGCUACCUGCCAGGCAGCGAGAACAGCUUCUUGGGGCCUGUGAUGCGGUCCUCUGCCGACAGGUGCAGCUUCUGGGGGUGCGGCUGGUGGUGGGUGUGGGGCGGCUGGCGGAGCAGCGGGCGCGGCGGGCUCUGGCAGGCCUGAUGCCCGAAGUGCAGGUGGAGGGGCUCCUGCACCCCUCACCUCGGAGCCCUCAGGCCAACAGGGGAUGGGAGGCAGCAGCCACGGAGAGACUGAAUGAGCUGGGGCUGCUGCCACUGCUAACAAAGUGAGGGCCCCUGUGGCCCAGCACAGGAGGUUUUCUAGGCCCCCAGGUCAUCCCAGGGGGAGCAGAGGACUGUGGGUGCCCUGGACUGGAGCCACAGGCUCCUUCUGGUCUCCCCGGUUGCUGGGACCUGCCGUGGCAGUUUUGACACUACUCCCUGCAUCCUUUACCUUCUUUGAGCGAUGCCCCUGUGGUAACCGGCUGCACGGAGCCUUGGUGUCCGAGGAGUGCUCUACCUCACCGUGUCCUGGGGAGCCUCUGGUCAGCUGUGAGUGCUCUGAGCAGUGACUUCUGAGGCUGUGUUUGAGAGAAGAGCCUGCCAGGAUCCUCACCUGUCCUCUUAGAACAACUGCCUUCAAGCUGAGCCAUUUCCUCACAGGGACCAGGACAAAUGGAGGGCUAUGGGUGUUACGAGUGAACUUCUUCCGGGAGACGGAAGCUGGAUCAGAGAAAGGAUUCAGCGUGGCCCAGUGGGGAAGACCAGAAGACUGGCUUUCUUCAUCUUGGCUUUGAGACUUCAUGACUUUGGACCAACUUGAUUAACCUCUCCAAGCCUCGGGAUCCUCGUCUGUAAAAUGGGGCUCCCUGCCGCAUGGGGUGGGGGUGGGGGUUAAGUGAGAUAACACUUGAAAGUGCCUUGCUUUGUGCCUGGCAGGUGGGGGCUCCUGCUUCUUGCUUUUUUGCCUCUUGAUUGGGGUGUCACUGUACCACACUACAGGGGGAGCUCCCCCACUCCGAAGACCUUGCUGGGUGAGGGGUGGAUCCUUGUCCUGCUAUAGGAGGACUGAUAACUUUUUAUGAAAAACCCAGCCUGUGAUUUUUCAGUCUGAGCAUUAAAAACUCUCAAACCGGGGCGCCUAGGUGGCUCAGUCAGUUAGGCGGCUCAGCCAGUUAGGCGACUGCCUUCGGUGCAGUCAUGAUCUCUCAGGUCAUAUUCACUCAGGUGCCCCACUCAGCAGGGAGUCUGGCUCUCCCUUCUCAUAUCCCUCUGCCCCUACCCCCACUAGUGCACUCUCUCUCAAAUAAAUAAAUAAAAUCUUUAAAAGGAAAAAAAGGCUCCUAAA